UGACCACCAACAGGAACAUGAGGGAGGCGGACUACGACAAGGCGUUCAACGACCUCGAGGCCAAGAAGGAGUUCGAUAAGAAGAGGCAGAUGCUUCGCGAACGAGAGAGAUCGCUGGAGGUAGAGCUCAGGGAUCUCAAGGCCAAGGAGCAGCCCUUGCGCCAGCAGGUCCAGGAGAAGAUCAAGCAGAACAACAGGGCCAGAGACAAGGCGAGGGCAGCCGAGAAUCGCCUCCGAACCACCGCGCAGACGUGCCGGACGGACGUGAGGGCGUUCUCGGGAGCCCAGCGGGACGUGGAAGCCGGCAUCUCCAAGAACCUUCCCGACGCCCUCGAGUCCAUCAGGGCCAGGCUGCAGGAGGCCGAGACCACCGUCGCGGAGAACGAGGCGGGCGCGAGGGAGCACGAUAGGACGAUGCAGGGGAAGGUUCUGAUGUCGGACAAGCAGGGCCACCACAAGAAGAUCCUCAAGGACAACAUCGACUACCGCGCCCUUAAAAGGGAGUUGAAGGAGAAGAAGAAGGAGGUGGCCGAUGUGGAAAAGGAAAUCUCGAAGACCGACAGCGAGAACGUCCGAGGGAAAAUGGAAGAUAUCGAAGAGGAGAGGCUAGGCAAGACGCAGACGCGCGCCGAGCUCAAGGGCCGGCUGCACGGGUUGAAGGGACAGAUCCGAGGGUACGAGGCGAAGCUUAACUCGGACACGUACAGGAACAUCGAGGAGAAGCACCGUCGGAAGAUGAUCGAGCACCGCACCACCGAGAUGGCGGUGACGGACCUUGACAAGUACUGGACCGCUCUCGACAAGGCGCUGCUCCGAUUCCACACGAUGAAGAUCGCCGACAUCAACAAGAUCAUCCGGGAGCUCUGGGCCAUGACCUACUCCGGCGAGGACAUCGACAUGAUCGAGAUCGUCUCUGGGGACGACGAGGACAGCGGCAAGGCCAAGCGGUCCUACAACUACCGGGUGGUGAUGCGCAAGAACGAUGCCACCUUGGACAUGAAGGGCCGCUGUAGCGCCGGUCAGAGGGUUCUGGCGAGCGUGGUGAUCCGGCUUGCUCUGGCUGAGACUUUCUGCGUCAGCUGCGGCAUCCUUGCACUCGACGAGCCUACCACCAACCUCGACCACAACAACAAGGUGGGGCUGGCGCACGCGCUUGCCAAGAUCAUCAGCAGCCGGUCCAAGCAGGCCAACUUCCAGCUGAUCACCAUCACUCACGACGAGGAGUUCGUGCAGACGAUGCGGACGGAGCUGGGAACGCAGGGCGGGUUCUCCAUGCCGGAGUUCUACUGGAGGAUUUCCAGGGAGGAGAUGUCCAGGGGCAAGUUCUACAGCCGAAUCGACCGCCUAGACUGGGAAGACAUGUGAUGUCAUGUCGAUAGUCCUUUGUCGUCUUCUGUGCGUGCGUGUGUCUCUCGUCCUGCUUGCUAUGUGAUGAAAUUGGCCCAUCAUGUGGCGGCAUCACGGGUGGCGUUUCUUCAGGUCAUGUGACAUCGUAUUUUACCUCUCAUGUCUUGUUGGUGGUGUGGUCCCGCCAUACUUGACGAUCGAUGUGGGUGCAUCAUAGAUCGGUAGUCCUGCCGUGAUGAGGCAUGACGACUGCUAGUGGUGAGGUUGGCCACAAACCUCCGAAGAUGUUGCUUUGCUUAGAAUGCCUUGUAGUGUAUCCCGAAACAUAUAGCGCGAAAAAUGGUGUAUGUACCACGCAAGCGCUGGCCCGUCGAG